CACAAAGACAUCCUGCACUAUAUGGACCAAUCAUAUUUCAUUUUACAGCCAAAUUCCUGGAACUCUCAUACAGUGCUUAUCAGUAGGGAGCAGGUCACUGAAACAGACAACAGAAAACCACCACUUUACUUUUUCAUGUGCCUCCUAUAUUGAAAACUGAAAGGUGCUUUUCAGCAAAAAUGACGAUUUUGAGGUGAUUGAUCAACUCAUCUGAUAGUGCCUGAUGUUAUCCAUGCCAUGGACACUAAAACAGCAGCAGGUGCUGGAUCUCUCAGCUGUCAUCUCGAAGAAAAUAAAGAGCAGAGAAGAAACUGCCAGUCGCACCUCUCUGAACAUCCACCAGAAACAAAACAACUGAGUAAAGAGGAAGUAAGUUGUAAAUCCCAACAACUGAUGGAUAAAGCCAGAGCUCCAGUACUUACGCCACUCCAACACUCCUUAACAAAAAAAGGAGUUCUAGCAGAUGGCAGUCAUUAUUUGUAUGAAUAUUCUUACUCCCAGCAGAAUAAAUCAGGGAUUGAACCAUAUGCAUUUGGCAAUUACAGUAUUGAAAAUGGAUUCCAUACACCAUCUUCUCAUGUCAUCAAAGUAGUUAAGUCUGGUCCCUCUGUAUCAAUAACUGAUCCAUCCAGGGACAGAGAGAGAGACAGUAUUGUUCAUGCUAGCAAAGUACUAGUUGAAAAAGAGCAGACAUCUUCAUUCCUGGAAGAUCCUGGACAGGACAUUUGGGUACUUUCUCCAGAAAGGGAGGCUAGACUUACCAUUCUGCGACAGGAGCCUUCUUAUAGUCUUAGGGCUUACCAUGAUGAGAAGAAGCCAAUGAAGCUUUUCCAAGAAGAUGACAAGGAAAAAAUAUAUAAAUUUGUGAGAGUAGAAGUUUCACCAGAAAAAGUAAAAGAACUACAGGGAGAAAGAAAUGAUGUCGUUCGAAAUCAAGCAUUAAAGAAGAGCUCUACUGUUGCAGAGAAAUGGGGCUCACUGGAUAGACUGGAUUUUGUGGAUUCAGGUUCCCCUAGAACAGAAGAUCGCUAUUAUUCCAGAUUUUCUCCGAGCUAUGAUACUGGAUCUCUUCCUUCACUCGUGUCUUAUAAUGAGACACCCGACAGUGUGGACAAAGAGAGUAUUAACUUCGCUGCUGCAAGACAGCAAUUUUUGCAGAUGGAAAAAUCAAACAAAAUUCCUUACUUCCCAAGUCAAAUAUCAUCAGAUAAGUCUUUGAAGUCCCCAGAGUUUCAAUAUGAUCAGGAGUCGCCCAGUUUUCCUAGAAAGUUUACCUCUGUAAAAGCCAUUAAAGUUAAUUAUAUUCCAGAUGCAGAAGAAGAGGUUCUACAAAGUGAUUAUACGGAUUCUUUAGUCAUAAAUAAGACCAGAGAAUUCCCAGAGGAUAAAACAUAUGCAACAAACAUUGACUAUCAGUAUGGGAGAAGAGCUUUUAGCAAUCUUAAACAGAAUCAGUACUUGUCUGCUUCUGCAGAAGACCUGGAUUCGGGCUUAGGUGAGUUCUGCUAUGACGUAAAUGCAGGUUAUGUCAGUGAUGGGAGUAUAUCGAAUGAAGUCUUUGUUACAUCUGACAUCAACAGUUCUGAAGAUUACAGCACACCACCACCUGAAACACCUAUUGAGAAAGAAAUCCGUUUAGUUUUGGAGAGAGAGAAGAAUCUUCGUAAAGAGAGGGGCAUAGCAACGCCUGUCAACACAGAUGUGAUGGUUGAAAUUCAGACAAAAUCACUGUUUUCUCAGCCUGCCACCCAUAAUGAAAAAUGGAAAAGCAGAAGAAAAAUUGGAAGUUUUAUUCAAAAAGAAAUAGAAAGAGAAGUAAAGAGAGAGGAAGAUUUAAAACAAGAAGGCAAAGUAAUGGGCAUGUAUGAUAGGGGAAUUCAACAGGAACUGGAAGACAGAAAGAAAGUAUUUCAACAAGAUGAUGAAAUACCAGUAAUGCCUCACAGGAAACACAAACCUAAAAAUUAUUCUACUGAAAUAAGAGAAACCAGGGAGAGCAAGGCAAGCGAAUCAAGCUCUCCGCCAAAAAAAGACAGCAUCAACCAUGAAGACCGUGAACUUCAGUUAAGCGUAAAUGCAGAACGUGCCCAACAUCGACACAGCAAGUAUAUGGAUCGAGAAGUUAUCUCGCCACUGCCACUAAACUCUUAUUAUGCACAUCCUUACAAUGAUAGAGAGAACCAAACAGUGCAAGCAGCAGUAGAAAGGCUACAAUGCGAACAAACAGAGCCUUAUGAUGUGUCAUAUUCUCAAAAGACCUUGAAGGACAGAACUCUUUAUAUAAUAGAGAAGGAAAUUGAGGAUACUGUAAGGCGAGAGAAUGAACUGAGGCAGCAGAGGAGAAGUUUGCUGAUGUCUGACUGCCAUUCAUCAAGCAGCCCCCUGCAAAGUCCAGUUUUUACAGGUGAAACAGUAUAUCCUGCAUGGAGCAGUCUUUCAAACAUCAGCCAACAUUCUUCAAAAUCUGCCUCCACAGCUACCACUCCAGCAGCCCAUGGCUGUCGGGUAGAAAUGGUAUCAAGUUCUACAGACAGAAUCCAUUCUCCAGAAUCUACCACCUGGGUGGAUUCACCCUAUCAGCAAUUUUCUUCCACACAGACUCAUAAGCAAAAGUCUAUGAUACCUUCAACCACUGAAGUAGAUAAAGGAAAUCCUAGAGGCUUAACAGACACACUGCUGCAAGACUUCGAAAUACGCAAGGUCAAACUGAAGAGGGAGGAAGCAACAUAUGCUGGCAUUGAACCAACUGAUAACGUCAACAAUGAGCUUGUAGAGGCCACAAGAGUGAUGCGGCAUAAGAAUGCCAUGGCAAUGCGCUGGGAGGCAGGCAUUUUCCAGAAUGAGGCUGACGGAAGCGCACUCCUGAAAAGCAGCCAGAAAUGACAGAGGAAAUGGGGUCAGGAAUCCAAACUAUGAACGUAUUAAAACAUCUAUAUUUCAGAGUGGGAAGGUGUUUGUAAUAUGCGCAGUGACAUACCAAAUGAUAUUUCUGCUGAUUUCAGAACAUCACCAGUUAAACUGAUUGGAAGCGUGCCGUUAUAAAGAAUAACGAUAAAUGAUCUGCCAUUAAGAUGUUGCUUUUCAGUAGGUCCUGCUCCUUUAGAUAGAGAGGCCAUAGAUUCAUUUCUUUGUUUUCUCAUCCUGAGAUAAACUCUAGACUGAAAAUAUGUUAAUUGCAUGUGCUUAUUGUCACAGCCAAGUGUAAUAUAGCAUUACCUUAAGCCAUGUGAAGUGCUAUUGCAAACGUCUUUGUCUUUAAAUUACAUAGCCACCAGAACAAAGAGAUUAGCUUCACUGGUAAGUAAUCAUUUCUUUUUGUGCAAUAUUUACUAUAUUAUCUCAAUUUGUAUUAGCAAUGCAAAAACUGUGUACAGCAAUAUUAUCUCAAUUUGUGUCAGCAGUGCAAAAACUGUGUACAGCAAUUGUUCUUUAAGAUUUUAUUUUGAUCAUGCUUUGUUAAAUAUUGCACAUAAACUUAUAAUACUACUAUAGCAAGUUAAGCUAAAUACAGGAAUUUAUGUACUCCAUGUUCAUAUAACACCGCCCUUCAAGUAAGAUAAAACUGUACAUAGUCAACAAUCA